AUGGAUGACGAGGCCGAAACGUACAAGUUAUGGCGCAUCCGCAAAACCAUAAUGCAAUUGUGCCAUGACAGAGGGUAUCUUGUCACGCAAGACGAAUUAGACGAAACGCUUGAACAGUUUAUUGAGAAGUUUGGAAAUACACCCAGUCAGCGGAAACCGGCGAGGUCCGAUUUGAUAGUAUUAGUGGCACAUAACGAUGACCCAACAAAUCAAAUGUUUGUAUUUUUCCCGGAAGAAGCUAAAAUUGGUAUCAAAACUAUCAAGCACUACUGUCAAAGAAUGCAAGAGGAGAGUAUUACGCGUGCAGUUAUUGUUGUCCAAGGUGGAAUGACGCCGUCAGCCAAAGCGGCGCUGACAGAUAUGGCGCCUAAAUACACUCUAGAACAGUUUAUGGAGUGCGAGUUACUGAUAAACAUCACGGAACACAUGUUAGUACCCGAGCACGUUCUGAUGACGACAGAAGAAAAGAAGGAGCUACUGACCCGAUAUAAAUUGAAGGACCAUCAGCUUCCCAGGAUUCAAAUGGGAGAUCCUGUUGCGAGGUACUUCGGACUCAAACGCGGUGAUGUUGUGAGAAUCAUUAGGAAGUCAGAAACGGCUGGAAGAUAUGUCACGUAUAGACUCGUUGUUUGAUUGGAAAAUAUAAUAAUGAUUUUUCAUUUUGUAUGUAUAUUACAUCUGAAUUGAUUUUGUUUGUGUUUAUUCAAAUCUUUUGAAACUUU